CAUUGGAGGUUUCCUUGUUUUCUUGGCUACUCAGCGCAAAGCUCUCGCCUCUCUCUCUCUCUGCUUCUCUGUCCCCGUUUCUGUGCGAUCCUUUGCAGGUUAAGCUCGUUUCCUGUCUCCUUUGAUCGGCCGUCAACCUCCGACAGGUUCGAUCUCGCGCCUGCUUCUUCGCUCCGAGGGUUGAUAGUCAAAGCUAUUGUCCUCUGCUUUUGCGACUUAGCCUUGUUGAUAGCAGAGACAGAUAAUACACAUUCUCUGUGCUUCGGUUCUUCAACAACUAGUGGAAGAAGCUUGACAAACCUGAUGGGUUCCAGAUUCCCAUCGCAUCAGCUUAGCAAUGGCUUGUAUGUUUCAGGUCGUCCUGAGCCACCGAAAGAGAAACCACCAACAAUGAGCUCCACAGCCAUGCCUUAUACAGGUGGUGAUAUAAAGAAGUCUGGAGAACUAGGGAAGAUGUUUGAUUUGCAUGUGGAGAAGUCCAGAAAAUCUGGACCUCUUAAUGCUUCUUCUAGGAACACAUCAUUUGGAGGUGCUACUUCUCAAUCUGGACCUAUCACAUCUAAUAACUCUGGCCGGUCUAGCUAUUCCGGUUCUCUAUCAACUGCAGUUCCAGGUUCUGGUCCUUCACUAAUCACUGGAAGCUCCAAUAGGCAGAAAUCUAACUCUGGGCCACUUAAACAUGGGGAUUCAAUGAAGAAAUCAUCUGGUCCUCAAUCUGGAGGAGUCACUCCAAUGGUUCGUCAAAGUUCGGGUCCAAUAGCACCAGUGCUUCCAACUACAGGGCUCAUCACGUCUGGACCAAUUUCAUCUGGACCUCUUAACUCAUCUGGUGCACCAAGAAAAGUAUCUGGUCCUCUGGAUUCAGCUGGUUCAAUGAAGCUACACAAUGCCUCUAUUGUUCAUAAUCAGGCAGUCACCAAACUAAGUGAGGAGGAUGACUAUUCUUUCAGUGAUGGUUUGCCUAAGGCAUUCUUGUGGUGUGUGGGUUUGUUGUUUGUGAUGGGGUUUAUUGCAGGCGGCUUCAUCCUUGGUGCUGUUCACAAUGCCAUUCUUCUCAUAGUCAUUCUGGUUAUAUUUGGAAUUGUUGCUGCACUUGCCAUUUGGAAUACUUGCUUUGGAAGGAGAGCAAUCACAGGAUUCAUUGCCCGUUAUCCUGAUGCUGAGCUGAGAAAUGCAAAAGAUGGCCAGUAUGUCAAGGUCACCGGGGUUGUUACAUGUGGAAAUGUCCCUCUUGAGUCAUCUUUCCACAAGGUUCCGAGAUGUGUGUACACAUCUACAAGCUUAUAUGAAUACAGAGGAUGGGAUUCAACGGCCGCCAACACCCAGCAUCGCCGUUUUACUUGGGGACUGAGAUCAUUGGAGAGGCACGUGGUUGACUUUUAUAUAUCAGAUUUCCAAUCUGGACUUAGAGCUCUGGUAAAAACUGGAAAUGGUGCUAGAGUAACACCAUAUGUCGACGAAUCUGUGGUCGUGGACAUCAAUGCAAACAACGACCUGUCUCCGGAAUUUCUCAGAUGGCUGCGGGAAAGAAACCUCUCUGCGGAUGAUCGGGUGAUGCGACUGAAGGAAGGCUACAUCAAAGAGGGAAGCACUGUCAGUGUGAUGGGGAUCGUCCAAAGGAAUGAAAAUGUGCUGAUGAUAGUUCCAUCGUCGGAGCCCUUCUCUACUGGAUGCCAGUGGGCUCGAUGUAUACUCCCCACGAGCCUCGAAGGGAUCGUGUUGAGAUGCGAGGACACUUCGAAGACCGAUAUCAUUCCCGUCUAGGACAUCGAUCGAGUUUGUUAGAUCGAAUUGACAUCUAAUUAUAUAUGUCAACUCCAUAGUUUGCUGGCUGUUGGCGUUUCAUGAUGGAUUCGAAGAGUUUGCUCUUGGGGAAUUCGAUUGUAUAGCUCUAUGUUUUUCCCGUCUUGUUUGUAAAGCUUGAAUAUUUUUUUUGUAACAAGGUGGCUUGCUACUAAAUUUGGGAUCUUUAAUGGUGCGUAGAAGGAGAUUGUGAUGA